AAGGUUUGUAUUUGUUGUAGCCAUGGUUUGUUUGCUCUCUUCACAGGAUUUCCCCUUAGGCAGGGCAUUAGGGUCCAUAUCUCAAAGGCUCUGAGGUCUUUAUCAUAAAGCUAUCGGUUUAUUUCAGCUCUGAUCCUAGAGGUAACCCCACAGGAAGCCUUCUCAAAUGGUUUGUUGUCAUAUUUAUCCACAGGUAGUCUCAAAGGAGCCACCAUUGUGGAUGCUCUGGACAUGCUCUACAUUAUGGAGAUGUAUGAUGAGUUUGAGGCUGCUACCGAGUGGGUGGAAAGUAACCUAGACUUUAACAUGAAUGCCGAAAUCUCCGUCUUUGAAGUGAACAUCCGUUUUGUUGGAGGCCUGCUGUCCGCCUAUUAUCUCUCAGGCAAAGAGGUGUUCAGGAGAAAAGCUGUUGAACUAGGAGAGAAGCUUUUGCCGGCUUUUAAGACCCCGACUGGCAUCCCUUGGGCUCUUCUCAACCUAAAGAGUGGGAUCGGCAGAAACUGGCCAUGGGCGUCAGGAGGAAGCAGUAUUCUCGCCGAAUACGGGGACGCUGCAUUUUGGAGUUCAUGCAUCUCAGCGAGCUUUCCGGGAGACCAGAUUUUGCCGAGAAAGGAAGACAUCGGUCGGAUCAAAAAGCUGUUUACUGACAUUCUGCUCCAUAGCGUAAUGAACAUCAGAAAGGUGCUGAAUCGACUGGACAAACCUCAAGGGUUGUACCCGAAUUACCUGAACCCUAACAGUGGACAGUGGGGCCAGCGUUUUGCUCAGGAUAGCACUGGCCAAGAGCUGAACAGGCAAACGACUCCUGUUUUCCUGCUGUCAGGCUUUUACCAACAGAAAAACCGCACAGGUCCUCUGCCAAAAUGA